ACGAAAAUAAAGUAAGUAUAUCAUAGAACACCGAGGAGUCCAUUGACAGUACUUGAUAAGGACAAAUUCCCGAUGAUCUAACAAUUGAGCCUAUGGAAUAACCGUGUAAAUUACACGUCUAAAGUAGGAAGUAAUAAAGUCAGAAACGCUUGCAUGAUGUGAUGCAGGUGACACAUAAUUUCGUCCUUGCCUUAAUGAAUGGUCUAAGCUCUGUCGUAUCUUCUUUAUCAAGAGUCCAAAAUGUAAUUAGUAAUGAUAAGUAAACACAGGUCAUUAUUAUAAAUGAUAAAUAGUUUGAAGAUAUCGUAAGUAGAUCGACCCUAUGUGUACUGUGUCAGUUGCAUCUUGCGCGCGAGUACGUCCUAUCGCGGUCUUGCGCCGACAGACGCGCCUGCGACACUCCAAUUUUCCAAUUGUGCUUAAACUUGAUAAUCAUUUUCUUCCGUUCUUGUUGUUGAUAUUCUAAAAUAUAGAAAUUUGUAUUACGAGUGUUAAAAUGGAUGUUGAAGCUGCAAGAGACGACAUUAGUGUUGAAGAUGGGAGUUUGAUUGUUUACACGGAUAUAUUCUGCACAGUUAAACGGGCAAGAAAGAGUUGGUAUAAGAGAGAUGAAACUUUCGACAGUCCAAAUGCCAUACUGCGAGGGGCAUCCGGCGCGCUUAGACCGGGACGGAUGACCUUCAUUCUUGGACCAUCGGGCGCCGGAAAGACGACUCUACUCAAAAUCUUAGCUGGAAGAAAAAAGACAGGUGUGACAGGGUCAUUGUACGGUGCAGGCCGUAGUUCCGUGCUAGUGGCACAGGACACGACUCUCAUAGACACCUUGACAGCUGGAGAAACACUGAGAUUUGCUGCAAGUCUGAAGCUACCUAAUGUUUCCCACAGAGAAAGGAAUAAUGCGAUAAAUACGGUGACAAAACAGCUCGGUAUACAUGAUGUAUUAAACACAAGAGCCGGCCGGCUGUCUGGCGGGGAGCGUAAACGACUGACCAUCGCUUGUGAACUACUUACAGACCCGACCAUUAUGCUGCUGGAUGAACCUACUAGUGGUCUAGACGCAGUAUCGUCUCUAUCCGUGGCCCGCGCCCUCCACACAGUCGCCCGCAGCGGCCGCACCAUCGCAUGCGUCCUUCACCAACCUUCCUCACAGCUGUUCAACACCGCCGAUGACGUCAUAGUCCUCGCUAAUGGCAGGACGCUAUACGCCGGCGCCAUUGUUGAUGUACCCGAGAGUCUUACUAGAGCGGGCUUUAUAUGUCCACAGUAUUAUAAUAUAGCUGAUUAUUUGUUAGAAAUAGCAAGUGACGAGCACUCAGGCAAUUUGAAUCUCUUAGAACACGAAGCAAGCAGCUAUGCUCACGAAAUGAGCAAGAUCGCUAAGAACGAUGUUUAUAAUGGCAAAGGGAAAGAGCUAUCACCAGAAUCGGAAGCAUUACUGAAUCCCAACCCGACUCCUUGCAAAGGCUACGCUGCGAGUGUUUGCCAACAACUCAACGCUCUACUUUGGCGAUGCUGCAUUGGAGUAGCCAGAGACGUUUAUUUAACUCAGAUCCGCCUGCUAGCUCACUUCAUGGUGGCUCUCCUGCUGGGCGCACUGUACCACGGCGCGGGCGCGGAGGCAGGCCGCAUGAUGUCCAACACUGGCUGCUUGUUCUUCUUCCUUCUGUUCCUAUUCUUUUCAAAUGCCAUGCCUACUAUACAAACAUUUCCAACAGAAGCGAACGUGGUCCUUCAUGAGCAUCUGAAUAAGUGGUACUCGUUACCAGCUUAUUGUGCUUCCAAGAUCAUCGUAGACUUGCCUAUACAGUUACUAUGUGCGACAGUGUUCUUAUUCCCUGCGUGGUAUCUGACGUCUCAGCCGUUGGAUAUCAACCGCAUGGGCUUGGCGUGGCUCACGUGUGCUCUAGUCACCAUACUGGCGCAGACUUUCGGUUUUGUUGUUGGAGCCUCGUGCGGAAUGAAGCUGGGACUGUUCGUGAUCCCCGCAGCCAACAUACCAAUGCUGAUGUUCUCAGAGUUCUUCAUUCCGUACCGCGAGAUGCCCGUCUACCUUCGUCCAUUUGCUACCAUCUCAUACUUUAGAUACGCGUUUGAUGCAUUCCUUGAGACAGUAUACGGACUUGGUAGAGAGAAGUUGCCUUGCCACCAAGAAUUCUGCAUGUUUAAAGAUCCUAGCAGUCACCUAGAGUUUUUAGGACUCUCCAGGAAUCUGAGCGCUGAUUUCUUCGCUUUAGUAUUAUGGAUCGUCUUACUUCAAAUAGCUCUCGUAUUUGUCUUAUUACUACGAGUUUACAAAUCUUGUAGAUAGACUCAAUUUGUUACAGGUAUAUUACUUAAGAUCGGUGUUUUUGUAAAUCUCAAUGUAAGGAUGGAUAGGAUGGAUUAAAAGGUGUCAUUGUUUGUUAAGGUUUAUAAACAUAAGAUUUAACUAAAUUAGGACUCUCUAACGUUUAGUUUCUAGUUAACAAGGAAUGACAAAAUGAUCUGAUAAUAAAUAAUGAAUCAAUUACGUGUGAGUAGAUAGGUAUCUAGGUACCUAACAAUUGUUGUACAGUCGACCGCCAUCGAAGCAGUAAGGUUCAUUUUGCCAUGUUGUAGCGUGCUAUGCUAGUCACUUGUUAAGGCAUGUUAUCGGUGUGACUGGGGAUAUUAUCUACCUCCACCUUCCCGCCGCUCACAUACCUCAAGAGGUGAUCCGGGCCCAAUUCCGCUAUUUACAAUUACCGAUGACUGAAUGGAAAUUAGAUUAAAUUUGACACAAUUCGUAUUCGCCUAAGCACAUUUCGGGGGCGGAACACUCACUGUCAAUACAAUGAAUUGGGGUCCAGCACUUGUGCGCACACAAAAAUUGUUGCCACUGACUGGUGGUCAAUCCGGCAUCCAAAAGUCGUGAACAAUGAAAGUGCCUGUGAUAAUAAUAAAAAAUUAUUUACUAUUUAUAUUUAAAUAUAGUUGAAUUUUAUAUUUUUAUACCGUUUUUAUUUUUAAUAUUCCAAUGUUUUGUCAAUAUAAACUAAAGAGAUUAUGUAGUGUAAGUAAAAAAUACUGUUUUAUUCUUUUGUAUAUUUUUAUUUGUAAGAAUUAUAUUUUUUGUGUUGCAUAUAUUUGUCUUUUUACUGAGAUUGGUGAAGCAAUGCACAAAUAAUAAAAGAUAUAAGCGAUUAUCAUAAUAUAAAUAAUAAAGAUGUCUUUAUAAUUAUAAUUAAAAGCACUAUCGUCCCAUCUAUGAUACAAUCAGGAUGAAAACGUACUCAA